AUGCUAUUGAGGCACAAAAAUGAUUUCAUGAAUUUGAUCUUUUCCACAGGGUCAUUCGUCAAGCCACCUAAAACAGGAACUGGACCAGGAAGGGUCGGACCUGGAGGAAUUGGUGCUGGUGUUGGAACUUGGAGCCUUGGAGCAGGUGCUGGUGGCAAACCCCCUAAACCAGGUUAUGGGAGUAUUCUAGGCACUCUUGGAACUGGAGGUCUUGGUGGCCUUGGACUUAGGCCAGGGGGUGCUGGCCUUGGAGGUGUAGUACCGGGUGGCUUUGGUGUUGGUCCUGGAGCUAGUGGCACUGGCACAGGAAUACCUGGACAAGGUGUGGGCACUGGUGUGGGAGGGUUUGGCCCUGGUGGAGCUGGUCCAGUAGGUGCUGGAAGAGGUGUGGGAGGAAAACCACCCAAAACAGGUUAUGGAGGUCUUGGUGGUUAUGGCCCAGGUGGUGUCAGCACUGGAGGUAUAGGACCUGGUGGCAUUGGACCAGGUGGCAUUGUCCCUGGUGGUGUUGGACCAGGUG